AUGGUCAACGUUGGUUCCGCCGCCGAUCCCAUCGUUACCCGCCUCGUCGACGAGGACAAGACACCAUGGUACAAGAAACCUAAUCUUCGUAUCAUGUACGUCUGGUUGUUCUUUUGUUGCAUGGGUGUCGAGAUGACUUCUGGUUUCGAUUCUCAGCUUAUCAACACCCUUCAAUACUCGACAACAUUUCAUCAGUAUCUUGGUGAAGGACGAGUGAACGACAAGGACGAAUAUGCCAUCGAACCUGGUCUGCUCGGCUUUGUCAACUCCUGUUAUCAGCUUGGCUCCAUCUUUGCUGUCCCUGUUGCUCCCUGGUUUGCUCAGAAAUACGGAAGAAGAUGGUCCAUCAUGUUGGGCUCUCUCAUCAUGGUCGUCGGUGCCAUCAUCCAAGGUUUUGCCCAGCAUGUCGGCAUGUACAUUGUCGCUCGUAUGAUUCUCGGAGCCGGAAUUCUCUUCUGUAUCAUCUCUGGAGCUGCCCUCAUCGGAGAGCUUGGUUACCCCAAGGAGCGAGCUACCUUGACCUCCCUGUUCAACUCUUCUUACUUUAUUGGUCAAAUUCUUGCUUCUGCUAUUGCCAUGGCCACCACUCCUAUCAAGACAAACUGGGCCUGGAGAAUCCCUUCUCUUCUGCAGAUCUGCCCCUCUCUGAUUCAGAUUGCCACUGUUUUCCUCCUCCCCGAGUCUCCCCGUUUCCUCAUCUCCAAGGACCGCACCGAAGAGGCCGCCGCAAUUCUCGUCAAAUACCACGCCGAGGGUGAUGCAAACUCUCCCCUUGUCCAGGCCGAAAUCGUUCAAAUCCGCGAAACCAUCAAGGCUGAGUUGGAGGCUUCCAAGGAGUCCUGGCUCUCAGUUGUUCGUACCGCCGGUAUGCGUCGUCGAUUCCUGGUCACCAUCUUCAUCGGUCUCUUCACUCAACUCUCCGGCAACACUCUCAUGAGUUACUACUCUGGCAAACUCUUUGAGCUCAUGGGAUUUACGGACAACUACACAAAGACCCGCAUCAAUCUUGCUUUCGCCUGUUGGAGUUUGUUAAACGCUACAAUCAUUGCUCUUAUCGUUCCCCGAUUCAAGCGUAGACACAUGUACAUGCUAUCCGCAACUUUGAUGCUUCUCGCCUUUAUCGCCAUCACCGUCUCACUCCAGCAGAUCCAGUCGCUUCCCGAAGGCCAGAAGAAUAACGCUGCUGGCAUCGCUGCGCUUUUCUUCUACUUUGCCUACUCACCAACCUACAACAUCGGAAACAACGCUCUGACAUAUACUUACCUUGUCGAACUUUGGCCCUAUGCUAUGCGAUCUCGUGGUAUUGGUAUUCAGCAAAUCUUUGGAAAGCUUGCCGGUUUCUUCUCCACCAACGUCAACUCUAUUGCUCUCGAGGCUAUCAAGUGGAAGUACCUGGCCAUCUACUGUGGUUGGAUCGUCUUUGAGUUCCUCAUCAUCUACUUCCUCUACCCCGAGACGAGCGGCCGCACCCUCGAGGAACUUACUUUCCUCUUCGAGGCCGACGAGCUCAAGGAAAAGGCAACCGCUGCUGUCGAGAAGCAAAUCCAUUUUGGAGAUGCCAAGGAGGAAGAACAACAGACUCAUGUGCAGACCCGAGAGGUUGCUUAA